GUUCCUUUUAUCAAACAGAAGAGGAACACAUAUAUUUGAAGAAAAUCAAAAAUUCCAAAUACCGAUAGAGAUAUAAUGUCGCAUCGUAUGCAUCAGCUGGUGCUUGAGAUCUGUGUGGUCACAGUUCUCCUGCAAAUGGUCGUAGGCGAGAUGGAAUGUGAAGAGCCUCCGUCUAUCUCUAAUGGCAACUAUACGGUGAAAACAGGCGAGGAUGGCAGGAGGGUAAUCGGAUCAACAGCAACCUAUUCAUGUGAUACAGGAUUCGAGUUAGAAAACGAUACAUCAAAUGUUUUGACAUGCGAAUUGGAUGUGAAGACGAAUGACACUCACUGGAGCAAUCUAACUCCGAGUUGCAAAGAGAAGAAGCCUUGUCCUGAUCCUGGAGUAUCAGUCGAUGGUGCAAGGGAGGGAAAUUGUUGUUUCGUCAGAGAUGUUUUGAAGUAUUCCUGUAAAGAAGGUUUUGAAUUAGUUGGGAUAGAUACUCUCGUUUGUUUGCCCACUGGUAACUGGAGUGCACCAAGACCACUCUGUCGUCCUUUGAACGAAUACUGUAGUUUCCCUCCUCCCAUUCCUCAUGGAUCAGUCAUAGGGGAGAAAACGGGGGAUUUCUACAUAUGGGAUGAUGAAGUGGAGAUCAUUUGCGAGCCAGGAUUCAAAUAUCUGGGUUUCGAUUUCAACUGGUGUUCGAGAGAGACUGGAUGGAAGGUGGAUUUUUCAGAAUGUAAAGAAUGUGUUACUACUCAUUCUCAAACAGGCAAGAAUGCACCCCAAGGAGAAUUAAGAGCUCGAGAGGAACAAAAAUUAAAAGCACAUUACUGAAUUAAAAUAAAAAUAAAAAAUAAAUAAUAAUAAAAUUACAAACUCUAGAUACAAAUAUCACUCCAAAUUUACAGGGAA